ACAACAACCAACUCCAAGGCUGCAAGCUCGAGCUCACUUCAUCAGACUGUACAAUUCUAGAUCGCUUCAACUCCUUCGUGCCGAAAGUAAUGGAGACGAUUUGGAUGGAGCAGCCCUGUGGCAGGGCGGCAUCGGCGGUGGAGCUCCGGAGAGGGCCGUGGACGGUGGAGGAGGACGCGCUCCUUGCCGGCUACGUCGGCGCGCACGGCGAGGGCCGGUGGAACGAGCUGGCCGUCGCGGCGGGGCUGAGGCGCACGGGCAAGAGCUGCCGGCUCCGGUGGCUCAACUACCUCCGCCCCGACGUCCGGCGCGGCGACUUCACGCCGCGGGAGCAGCUGCUCAUCCUGGAGCUCCAUUUCCGGUGGGGCAACCGCUGGUCCAAGAUCGCGGGGGAGAUGCCGGGGAGGACGGACAACGAGAUCAAGAACUACUGGCGAACCAGGGUGCAGAAGCACGCCAAGCAGCUCAACUGCGACGUCGACAGCAAGCAGUUCCACGACGUCAUGAGGCACGUCUGGAUGCCGCGCCUCCUCGAGAGGAUCCAGGCAACCUCCACGCCCACGCCCAGCCUGGAACACGGGGAGCCCUUGCCCAUGUACCGGCAGCAGAGUGUUGCUUCGAACAGUCCGUUGGCAGCAUGCAGCGGCACCGGCAUGUGCCAUUCUUCGUCGAGCUGGGCGGGUUCAUCGGCGUCUCUAGAGGUGCAGUUCCCGUCCAACCAGCUUGUGAUGAACGCCGGCGGCGCGGCGGGUUGUUGGCCAGGAAGCGAGCAGUGUGGCAGCGGGAGCGAGGACAUAUUCGACCAGAGCUGGCUGGAGCUCCUCGCUCGUGCCUGCGACGACGGCGCGGAGUCUGUGCUGUUUCCAGACCUUGAAUUGGGAGACACUACAAGUGGAGUGUGCGAAUAUUCGAUCGAGCGAUAAGAAGGUCCCGUAGGAAUCCGCGUUCUUUCUGCUCUUGGGCGACACCCACUUGUUCUUGACAUCUUCAAUCUUCCUGUCGAGCACAGCAGCGGAUGCCAAGAACGGGUGCUGCAGCAGCUGCGCCGCCGUGCACCGAUCACUGGCUUUCCUGGUCAGGCACCCGGCCAAGAAAUCCUUCGCCUCCGCGGACAGCCACUGGGGCACGUCUGGUACCGCGUCGGUGUACGCGAUCCGAUGCAUCGCCGCGAGAAGAGAAGGUGUUUGGCGUGUGUGCGAUUUGGAUUAGAAACUAGGGAAGGAACACGCGCUCGCGGCGGCGGCGGCGAUGCCCUUUUGUGGAGCUUGACCGACCUUGGCGCUCGGCCUCGUUCUAAACCCGCGUGUAUUUUUAUUUUUUUUUAAGAAUCUAAACCCGCGUGUUGGAAACUAUCCAACCGUGUGAAAUAUGGGAUCACCGGGUCAUUUCUGAGGCGGACAGCCAUUGG